AUGGCUUCUUUUUCUACCUCACCACCACCGUCCGCCUCCGGUAAGGGCCGCGCCACCAGCAGCAGUAGAACCACACUGGACGCGCUCCACCCAGACCUUCUUCAGUCCCACAUACUCACCCGCCUAGACGGGCCAACGCUCACCUACGUCAGCUGCGUCGAUACCCAGCUCCACGCGCUCUGCACAGAGGAAAACUUAUGGAGGGAUAUCUGUCUCUCCACGUGGCCCUCCACCGAUGACCCACGUGUGCGCCAGCUCAUCUCCACCUUCCCCGACGGUUCCCGUUCUUUCUUCUCCGACUCCUUCCCUCUCCUUGUCUCCUCUUCUGCGUCUGACCUCCACCCUCCUCCGUCUCCAUGUCCAUCUCCUUCGUCGUCAGAGCUGAUGAUCUCCGCCGUCGAUAUCCACUACAGGGACGAGCUCAUCUUCUCCAAAGUCCAAGAGACCGAGACCCAGAGCAGGUGGUUCCGCUGCUCGCCUUUCCGGGUUGACCUUCUCGAUAUAAAGGACGUGGUUCCUACACCCAUACGCGCCUCCGCGGCAGACACGUGCCGGGACAUCUCCGACGGUCUCACCCUCAGCUGGAUCGACAUCGAUCCCACGGGACGUCGAGCCGCGAACCUCUCCAGCUGGAGACCCGUUUCGGUGCAGCGUCACUGGUUGUCAGGGGAGAUACAGGCGAGGUUCGCGACGAUACUAGCCGCUGAUUCGGGAUCGACAGAGUUCGUACAGUGCGGUGUGGUGGUGAUUUGCGGAGCUUGCGAAGGAGGGGAGACGAUGCAGGUGAGGGAGAUAUACUUGCAGGUGGAGGAGGAUAGAAUGAAUUUGAAUGGGAUGGAAAGUAUGGGAAUUCUGUGGAAGGCGACGAGGGAAAAGGGAGGGAAGCGGAGGAAGAGGAGGAUAGAGGAGGGGAAGAAGAGGUACGAAGAGUAUCUGAGACUGAAGGCGGAGAGGAAAGAGAGGAUGUUGAAAAGGGAAGGGACGUUAGACACCAUCUGCAUAGCUUUUGGGUUCUCCAUCGUUGCAGCCUUUUGGGCACUCCUCCUCUUCCGGUAGAAAAUCUUUCUUCCUUCCUUCCUUCCUUCCCCCCACUUCAUUUUGCAAAAGGUUUUUGAAUUUUUGU